CCGUUUGCAGCCACACAGUUUCUAUUUGGAAACCAAGCGCCCACGCCCAUGCAUGUCGCUACUCCUAGACGCAGGCGCAAUAUCACUCCUUCUGUCAAACAUGGCUGUGCUUUUGAAGAAAGAAAAAUGCUGAAUUGUGUUGGUAGAUUUCGGAAAAGCAGCAAACAUGGCGAGAUUGGCUGAUUAUUUGAUUGUCGUGGGAUUAGAUCAGGACAAAACCGGUGCAGGAGAAGGAUGUGGGAAGAUCAUCCAGCGCUUCCCCAAAAAGGACUGGGAGGGCACAGCGUUUCCCCAGGGGGUGGAGAUGUUCUGCCAGCCAGGAGGAUGGAGGCUGUCCCGAGAGAGGAAAGCUCCCACCUUCUUCACGGUGGUGUUGACGGACAUCGACUCAGACAGACACUACUGCUCCUGCCUCACCUUCUACGAGGCAGAGGUCAACCUGCAGGGAACAAAGACCACCGAUGCAGAUGAGGAUGAGGAAGAGGAUGGCUUGAUCCAGCCCGCUCACGUUUUUGCACCAAAAAGUCUCAUUCUGGUCUCCAGGCUCGAUUAUCCUGAAAUAUUCCGGGGCUGCUUGGGCCUGAUCUACACGGUGUACGUCGACAGCCUGCCGUUCCCCCUGGAGGGGCUGGUUUCCAACCUCUUCACGUGCAUGGUUCCUGUGGCUGGCGGCUCCCAGAAAUUGUUUUCCCUGGGAGCUGGCGACCGACAGCUAAUCCAAACCCCUCUGAAUGACAACCUGCCUGUUACAUGCAAGAGUGUGGCCCUGCUCUUCCAGCAACUUGGAAUCCAGAAUGUUCUGAGUCUUUUCUGUGCGGUUCUGACCGAACACAAGGUUUUGUUCCAUUCUACGAGCUACCAGAGACUAGGGGAGGCGUCGCGUGCCCUGGAGGCACUCAUGUUCCCGCUCAAAUACAGUUACCCAUACAUCCCCAUCCUGCCGUCACGGCUGCUAGAGGUGCUGAGCUCACCCACCCCCUUCAUCAUCGGGGUCCACUCCAUGUUCCAGAGCGAGAUCCAAGAACUGUUGGACGUUAUCAUAGCUGAUCUGGAUGGAGGAACCAUAAAGAUUCCAGAGUGCAUCCACCUGUCCCAGCUCCCUGAACCACUGUUACACACUACACAGACUGCCCUGUCUCUGGUUUUGCAUCCUGAUCUGGAGAUAGCUGACAAUGCCUUCCCACCCCCUCGCACAGCCCCCUCCAACCUCAAACUGUUGGAUAAGGAGGUGCGAGCCGUGUUCCUUAGGCUGUUUGCACAACUCUUCCAGGGCUACAGGUCCUGCCUGCAGCUCAUCCGCAUCCAUUCCGAACCGGUUAUCCACUUUCACAAGACUGCCUUCCUGGGCCAGAGAGGCCUGAUCGAGAAUGACUUCCUGACCAAGGUUCUGGAUGGCAUGGCCUUCGCUGGCUUUGUGUCUGAGAGGGGUCCACCUUACAGGGCCUGUGAUCUCUUUGAUGAGCUGGUGGCCUUUGACAUGGAGCGCUUUAAGGAGGGGGCGGCCAGCCCUGCCAAGCUGCAGAAGCACAUGAGGGAACUCUCUGACCAACUGUACAAAAACGAGAAUCCCAACCCCCACAUGGCGUUCCAGAAAGUCCCUCGGCCCACAGAGGGCUCCCACCUGCGGGUGCAUGUGGUGCCCUUCCCCCUGCUGGACGAUGAGAAGGUGGAGCGGCUGCUGGCGGAGGGCCUGGCCAAGCAUCCCAGCGCCGCUGCCAUCACUACCACCACCCGCGCAGAGAGAAAGUGUGUGGUGCCCGCCGGCCCUCCCGUGGUGUCCAUCAUGGGGAAGAUGGGCUCAGUGUUCAACAGCGCUCGCAGGCUAGAGGUGGUGAGGAGCUGCAUCUCCUUCAUCUUCGACAACAAGACCCAGGAGACGGAGAAGACCCUGCCGGCUGCGCUGCGUGCUCUGAAAGGCAAGGCGGCUCGCCAGUGUCUGACUGAGGAGCUCAGUCUGCACGUCCAGCAGAACCGGGCCAUACUGGACCACCAACAGUUUGACUACGUCAUCCGCAUGAUGAACUGUGCCCUCCAGGACUGCUCCAGCUCUGAAGAGUACACGGUCGCCUCCGCCCUGCUGCCCCUGACGACGGCCUUUUACCGGAAACUGCCAGCUGGUGUGAGCCAGUUUGCCUACACCUGUGUCCAAGACCAUCCCAUUUGGACCAAUCAGCAGUUCUGGGAGGCCACGUUCUACAGCGAGGUCCAGAACCAGAUCCGAGCCCUGUACCUCACCGCCCCUGACAAACUAGGCAUCAGUGCCAGGUUAAAGGAACAAGGUUCCCUGCCCCCGACGGCCCCCAGCGCCUUGGAGCGCACGGCCAUGGACCUGGCGGCGGAGCAGCUGCGCGCCUGGCCCUGCCUCAGCAAGGAGAAGCAGCAGGAGCUGGUGAAGAACGAGGAGAGCACGGUGUUCAGCCAGGCCAUCCACUACGCCAGCCUCCUGGUCUACCUGCUGGUCCCCCUGGACACCAGCAAGAACAAGCUGCUCAGAGCCAACCCCGUCGCUGACUGGGAGAGCGGCAGCAACAGCAUCGUCACCAACAGUAUUGCAGGCAGUGUGGCGGAGAGCUUUGACACAGAGAGUGGCUUUGAGGACUCUGAGAACAGCGACGUGGCCAUCUCUGUGGUACGGUUCAUCGCCCGCUUCAUUGACAAGGUGUGCACCGAGAGUGGCGUCAGCCAGGACCACAUCAAGAGUUUGCAUAGCAUGAUCCCAGGCAUCGUGGCCAUGCAGAUGGAAACUCUGGAGGCAGUCCACAGGGAGAGCAGGAGGCUGCCGCCCAUCCAGAAGCCUAAGAUCCUGCGCCCAGUGCUGCUCCCUGGUGAAGAGUUUGUGUCGGAGGGUCUUAGAGUGGUCCUGGACCCUGAUGGCAGAGAGGAGGCUACGGGGGGGAUGCUCGGGGGACCGCACAUCCUGCCAGCAGAGGGAGCCCUCUUCCUCACCUCCUACCGCAUCAUCUUCAAGGGCUCCCCACACGACCCACUAGUGGGGGAGCAGGCUGUGAUCAGGAGCUUCCCAGUGUCCACCUUGACCAAGGAGAAGAAGAUCAGCGUCCAGAACCAACUGCAGCAGAACAUGCAGGAGGGACUGCAGCUCCGCUCGGCAUCCUUCCAGUUGAUCAAGGUGGCGUUUGACGAGGAGGUGAGCUCAGAGAUGGUGGAGGUCUUCAGGAAACACGUCCAGAGGAUCCGCUACCCUCAGUCCAUCUUCAGCACAUUUGCCUUCGCCGCAGGCCAGACCGCUCCCCAACUCAUCCUUCCCAAACAGAAGGAGAGGAACACAGGUUUCAGGACGCUGUCCAAGACCAUUGUGAAAGGAGCCAAGAGAGCUGGGAUGAUCACCAUGGGCCGUCAGAGUCAGACCACGCUGAAGAAGAACGACCGAGGGAGUCGGAUGACCUGGCACGAGGAUGAUGACAUCUCAGUGUCAGAUGAGGGUGAGCCACCCCCCAUCAGCACGUUGAGGUCGUCAGAGAAGUCCACCAUGGAGCAGCUGGUGGAGCGGGCGUGUUUCCGUGACUACCAGCGGCUGGGCCUGGGCACGAUCACAGCCAGCUCCUCCCGCUCUAAGACAGGAGAGCAGUUCAGAGUCACUGCAGUCAACAGACUCUACUCCCUCUGUCGCAGUUACCCAGGGCUCCUGGUGGUUCCCCAGUCGGUGCAGGACAGCAGCCUGCAGAAGGUGGCCCGUUGUUACAGACACAACCGCCUGCCAGUGGUGUGUUGGAAACACCCCCGCACCAAAGCUGUGCUGCUGCGAUCCGGAGGCUUCCACGGCAAGAGUGUGGUGGGACUCUUUAAGUCCCAGAACCAAUCUUCAACAGCCCCUGCCAACUCUUCAGAGUUGUCCAGUAGUCUGGAGCAGGAGAAGUAUCUACAGGCCAUCCUCAACUCCAUCCCCGUCUACUUCAAACUGAACGGCAGCAACACUCUGUCCAACCGCUCUCUCAUCGGCCUCUCACCAGGCAGUGAAAGGAGGACAUCUAGAAUACCAAAGAUGGCUCCCGUCCAUUUGGACAUGCCCUUCUCCAACAGCUUUGCCAGAGGAGUGCUUGGGUACAGAGAUAAGCUAUUCACUCACUCAAACCAAAAACCUGCCACUAAGGGGAGAAUCCAAAAUCAAGGUGUUUGGGCCAGCCUGCGUUCCAGCAGCCGCUUCAGCCAGCACCCUUCUGCAACCGAUGUUGGUGCCAGACUGGCAGGGAAGGAUUUGGCGCCCCCUGCAGGCAGCGAGAGCCUGCAUGCACAGCUCCUCAAACAGCAGGCUGCCCUCUACAUUUUUGGAGAGAAGUCCCACCUCAGGGGCUUCAAACUGGACUCUACUCUGAACUGUGAACUGGUGCCUGUGGACUUUGCUGACACGCGCCAGAUCAAAGGUGCCUUUAAGAAGCUGCUGAGGGCCUGUGCUCCGAGCGCUACGUCUUCAGACACACAGGACUCCUUCUUCAAAGCCCUGGAGGACUCUGAGUGGAUCCUUCAGCUUCACAAGCUCCUGCAGUUGGCCCUGAUUCUGGUGGAGCUGCUGAACAGUGGCUCGUCCGUCCUGCUGAGUCUGGAGGAUGGCUGGGACAUCACCACACAGGUGGUGUCCCUGGUCCAGCUGCUGAGUGACCCGUUCUACCGGACUCUGGAGGGCUUCCAGGUGCUGCUGGAGAAGGAGUGGCUGUCAUUCGGCCACAAGUUCAGCCAGCGCUCCAACCUGACCCCCAGCAGCCAGGGCAGUGGUUUCACACCCAUCUUUCUGCAGUUCCUGGACUGCGUGCACCAGAUCCAGGACCAGUGCCCCUUGGAAUUUGAGUUUAAUCAGCACUAUCUGAAGUUCCUGGCAUACCACUACAUCUCCAACCGCUUCAAGAACUUCCUCCUGGACUCCGACUACGAACGCCUAGAGCAUGGCACAUUGUUCGAGGACAAGCCGGGAGACAAGCAGGCCAGGAGGGGGGUCUGUAUCUGGGAGUGUAUCAGCAGAAUGCACCGGAGGAGUCCACUGUUCUUCAACUACCUGUACAGUCCCACAGAGGCUGAGCCGGUGCUCAAGCCCUCUAUUAGCAUCCCUGCUUUGAGGAAGUGGGACUUCUUCACGGGGGAGACCCUGUGCACAGGCCCGUCCUAUGACUGGAGGAUGCUGGCUGUCAGGUCGGAGAGCAUGGAGGAGACGGACACCAUCGCCACCAGCAAGAGGAGGAUCGUGUGGCCCUGCUACAGCAGUGUGGGGCGCGCCCAGCCUGACGCCAUCACCAAGCUCCUGGCUGACAUAGAGCGGCUGGAGGGGGAGAUGAGCCAAGCACCAGAGAGGUGGCAGGCCACUCUGGAGAGGGUCCGAGUCAGUAUCCAGGAGGACCUCAAACAGGAGGGAAAUCUCCGCAAGCAGUCUGCCUCCACUUCGGGGCUGAUCCCCACAUCCAGUCUGCAGGCGUUCCAGAGACGUUCCAUACUGCACCUGCCUGACACUGGCUUGGGGGAGGACAGCAGCCCCACUGCCACUAACGGGGUCAACCGCCGGGCCGCCACACUCUACAACCAGUUCACCCCCAAGAACGAGGAAAACAGAUCGUUUGAGGGGAUUCUUUACAAACGAGGAGCACUGCUGAAAGGAUGGAAACCUCGCUGGUUUGUUUUGGACAUUACAAAACACCAACUGAGGUACUACGACACGGGGGAGGACACUAACUGCCGGGGACACAUUGACCUGGCGGAGGUGGAGUCAGCUCUGAUCGCCACCCCCACCAUAGGAGCUCCUAAACACAUCAGUGAGAAGGCCUUCUUUGACCUGAAGACCACCAAGCGAGUGUACAACUUCUGCGCCUCGGAUGCCCAGAGCGCCCAUCAGUGGAUGGAUAAGAUCCAGAGCUGCAUCUCUGACGCGUGACCUCUGAACUCCCCAGCCAGGGCGUGGUCGAGAUGUGGUCAGGUCACUGCAUUAACACUAAGUGCAGCAAGGUGGCUGAGGGCAGAGACUGUGGGCACACAUAUAUACAGUGCAUAUUCAGCUCAGUCACCAUGGGAGUGGCUUUAACAUGAGGACCACAGUGAUCUAAGUGCCUGUUAGUGGAGGCUAUGCCGUACAUCCAUCCAUCCUGCUGCCUUGCAGGACUUCAGGCAGUCUUCACUCUGUCUGCCUGACAGCUUUAGCAGGAGUUGAUGAAUGUGUCCUGGUCUCUGCAGUCAGCUCUCUCUGUACUGUACCUUGUUACUGCUACAGAGAUCAACACAUAUAGUGAAAAGUAAAUGGCUGAAACGGAUGGCUGAGCACUACUAAGGAUAGUUUAUGCCAUUUCAGUUGUAAAUAGAUAAAAGCAAUAGCACUGGCCAUUUUAAACUGUGGGUUCAAUAUAUGAACGAAAAUAUAUAAAACAUACAAGAGAAUUUAUAUUAGAUAUUUUACAAUGAGGAAAAGGUGUUGCUGCUUGACAAAAGGUCUAAACCACCAAAAACGGAGGUUUUGAAAAUGCACAAUAUGACAAGGCAAUUUGUUUGCACUUAGUUCUAUAAUAUGCACUCCAUGUAGAAUGAUAGAUUUUCUUACUGAAGCGAACAGCCAGGCAAAAGGCAUUACUUUAUAACGAUGUAUAAAAUGACAUUUUCCUUAUCAAGACAAAUUGGAAGAGAGAAAAAACACUAAAGUUCAAAACAUUUUUCUGACAUUUUAUAUUUAAGUGAUGUCCUCUAUUUUUAAACAUACACUAUGAAUGUUUUUUACUCAUGGAUAACAGUUUGUUUGUUCUUGUGAUGUAAAUUAUUAUUUUUUAUAAAAAGAGUAACUCAUUGUUAAAGUGUGGUGGCUUAAUGUUUUAUGUAAAUACUCAUGUGAUAUUCCAUUUUUAUUUGAUUUGAUAUAUAACGUGUGUAUGCUUUUCUAAUUGUAACUGUACUAAGACCAUGUCUUAUGUGCCAAUAUAGUAACCUUGUUUCCUAUCUUUGAUGAGACUGACUGAGCCAUUGUGUGUUUAGAUGAAGAGGAGUCGACUCUUUCUCAGAAUAUCCAGAAAGGCUCUGUCGUAAAGGACUUUUAAAUCAAUCAGUCAGACGAUGUUUGUUUCAUCUGUUGUCUGCACCUUCCAGUUUGAGAGAACAAAGCAAAAGAGCAUCAAAGUCAUUUCAGAAGCUAUAUGUUACUGUGUCUUUUGUACCAUGUUUUGCAUUGAUACUAAUGUUUGGUUUUGUUUAUAAAUCAAGAGUACUUGAACUA